ACUGAAAUAUCCUGUUUCUCUGGAAAGCUUGUGUGCUUUAUAUUUUAUGCCUUUUAAAAUGCAGUAAUAAUUUUCUUCAGUAGGUUCCUUCCAGUUUAAAUAUUUUAAAUUGAAUUUGAGGCAUACAAAUUAGUAACAAGAAGGACCAGACCUGCUGGUGUCAGAGUUCUACUUGUUACUGCGAAUAUGAAGCAGCAGUAGGUGCUCAAACAUGCAGAAUCCUAAAAUAAACUAAGCUGUGUGCUUUUUUUUUUUUUUUUUUUAAAGAAUUGUUACUAAAUACUAAAAAAAGUUUGCUUCCAAACCACUUUGCUUCUAAACACACAUGCGCGAACACAGACACACACACGGACACACACGGACACACAGGCAAACUGCAAUCUGAUCUAUAUCCUGGAAAAACAGGUGAUUGUGUCAUUCAUACACUCUGCUUAAGUGCCAGUGUUCUACUGAAUGCCAAUAUACACAGGCUUUUCCAGCACCUGCCUCUUUCCUGGAUCAGUUCCUGAACAUCUAGAUCUGAGGAUCAGUUUAACAGGUUUUUUUUUUUUUUUUUCCAAAAUCUGUAUACACAUGACAUGAACAAGUGUGAGACGUUGUGAAGUUAAGGCUAAGUGGGAGUGUGCUGACACCUUAUCUUCCUGAAGUAUAGACUACCCAGCAGUCUGAAAAUAGCUGAAGACGCACUCUCCAUUUAAGUCACUGGCUGUGAGGAAAGAGAGAGACCAGAUCAUGUUGUGUGAGCCCCUGUUUGGAAAAUGUUUAGAACCUUCUUUGCCUCAUCUCACUCACCUCUGGCACUACGCAUGCAGUCAAGGCCUACAGGCACCAGUAACUGGGUUGGCACUCAUAUAUAUUCACUGGCAACCAGCAAACCUGCUUAUUUUUUCUUUCUGUGGCAUUAUGGUCAAGUGCCUGAUCCGCAUCAGCACCAGGGUGAAUGUGCACCUGCGCAUGAUCAACCACUGCUACCGGGAUGUGAAAGUGCAUGUGCUCAGCCUGGGGCCACGGCUGUUGGGGAAGGCCCUGGGGGUGCUGCCGCUUUACCCAGCCAUUACCAGUCAGCAGGAGGCUGUGCAGGCAUUUCCUCUGCCUGCCACACCACAGCCAUGUGUACUGUCCAGCACAAGCUCAGGCCUAGAAUCACUGAGGGACAAUGCACCCUCCACACUCAUGCGUUCCAUCUCACACAGUGAUUCAUUCAUACCUCAUUCCCACAGCCAGGUGAAUGAGUGCAGCAACAUUGCAGAAGUAAUCACUAAGGACAUCUUCAGCCCAUUGGACAGCGUUCUGCCUACACCAGUGACCGAGCUCAGUCUGGAGCCAGCUGCUCUCACCACAGGGCAUGCUAAUGGCACUCCCUGCAGUACUGAGGAGGAGAUGGAGGCUGAGCAGAGCACAGUGGCAGUGAGAGAGCCAGGUGAACCAGGAACAACAGCAAGAUCUGCGGUGGUGGUGUCUGUCAUUACAGAGGUGGAAGAAUUGAACAAGUUUGUCCUAAGUGUCCUCUGUUUGCUCCACAUAACCAUCAGACUCCUUUUUGUUUUGCUUCUCCUCCUCAUCAUUUUCACAGAGUCUGAUUUGGAUGUGGCCUUUUUGCAUGACAUCCGUCAAACACCUAAGUUUGAGCAGUUUCAUUAUGAAUACUUUUGUCCCCUCCGACGAUGGUUUGCCUGUAAGCUGCACUGGGUGGGGGGCCUGUUCAUUAGAAACUAAGAAUAAAGUGCAGAAAAGAGUUAAUCAAGUGAAAUAUGCAUGGCAGAGAGAGAGAGAGAGAGAGAGAGAGAGAGAGAGAAAGGGGCAUAGAGUGUAAAUGUGACAACAAAACGCAGCUCCUGAUCUGGCAAAGUGCCAAGAGCUCGCUGCCUUCUUCAUCCCUUUAGGCCCUCUAUUUUUAUGCUUUGACAUUGUUUAUACAUCUGUUAUAUAUUUUUAAUACUUUUUCUUUUAUCAUUAUUUUUGAGAUUUUUUUUUUUCAUUAUUUUCCUUUUUUGGAACAAAAAAAUCCAGAAGAACAAGUCAAGCCAAAGUCAUGUCAAAGUUUAUUUAUAGAACACUUUUAAAAACAAUGUGUUUACCAAAGUGCUGUACAAACGUCACGUACAAACAGUAAACACAUAAUAUAAUAAAUAAACAUAACAAAACAUAAAACAAGAACAGAAUCAGAAAAAUAGCUCUGAGUUAAAUGUCAAGGAGUAAAAAUGAGUUUUAAGACUAGAAACAGAAAGUGUCUGGGCCUGCAUAACAUGUAAAGGCAAAGUAUUCCAAAGUUUUGGGGCUGCAAAUGCAAAAGCAUGGUCACCCCUGCUCUUCAGCCUUGCUCGAAUGACGACCAAUAGUAACUGCUCAGCGGACCUAAGUGCUCUUGAUGGACCAUGUGACUGUAUUAAAUCAGACUAAAUAAGUACUAAAACUAAAAUA